UCCAGUCUGUAGCAGGCGAGGCGGGUCCAAAGGAUGCCUCUUGCCAUUGUCGGGAGUGAGAAACUUUGUCGAAUUGUCGCUUUUGUGUCGAAAAGGUGUGUCGGAACUGUUUGCCCUGCUGUCAGCCUCCAUAGCGGCCCCAGGAGACCCUGAAUUUACGAGGCCAAGACAGCGGCGGCGGCAACAUCAGCAGGAAGAGUAGCAGAGCCAGCAGAAAGUCAGACCGUGGAGCUAGCUUGGCGUCUUUCCCGCCCUCCCUCCCUCCGCCUUCAGCAUGGCGCCGCGGAACACCCUCACUCAACACCAGAAGAUCCACAUCCGCCGGCAGUUCAGCGGACAUUCAGCCACGUGCAUGCGGAGCCUUGCUGAGCGCCUCGGGGUCAGCAAAACCACACUGGGCAGCAUCCUGGACAAGGGGAGUCACCUCCAGGGGCAGGGCAGCGUCGUGGCGGCUACGUCGCCGCCUCACAUAACUUUCGAUUUCUUUCAGACGAGUUUGGCGAACUUGCAAGAGAAAGAAGAGGCCGUAAGCUCCGAGAACGAAGGGGUAGGAAGCUUAAAGGUAAAAGAAGAGGAUGCAGACCCGGAGAAAGAGGAGGUAGACGGCUUAGAGGUGAAAGAUGAGCCCGUAAGCUUGGCAAGAAAUGAGGGUGGCAGACUAAAGCGGAAUGAGGAGGAUAACAAGGCCUGGGAGGAGGAGUCUGUGCUGGCGGAGAGGCUGACGCAGGUCUGCCUCAACGACCCCUCGCCGCCUUACUUCUCCGUGGGCAAGUCUGACCUUGAAGCAAUAGAGUCUCGGAACUUGUCGCUGCGGGAGCUGACCACCGCCAUGAUCACCCUCAGACAGGUGGUGGAGAGCUACAGCGACAUGCCCAGGUGGUUCACGUUCAUCUUCGACCAUAUGUUCCAGUUUAACCCACUCGAGGACGACGCCGACCCGGGUGUGUGGAGCGAGGAGCGGGGCACAGCCAGUCUCCCGCCGCGCCAGGACAUAGUGUCGGCGCUGCACGUGCUGUGGGACGCUCUACGCAGCGGCCACGACCUGCCGGCCUGGUGCGCCUUCACCCUAAGUCGUGUGCAGCAAAGGUACAGACUCAGACGGAGGAGCCGCCCAUCAAUCGGUGUCAAGACCAAGAUAAGUCGAAGGUCACUUUCUACGUCGUUUUACUCCUGGACGUGUUAUUAAUAGACAUGUUGAUUUACCGGUUACGGAUUUUUCUUAUAGUGUAUCUUUUAGUUUUCUGUUUUUGUGUUCGUCCCAUUGUUCUUCAGUGUUUAUUAAAGAGCUUGUAUCCCA